CUACGUCAAACGUCAUUUCCGACGCAGAGGCAAAAAAUCUUUUUUUCGCCGCGUGUGAGGCCUCUCUUCCUCUACCGCCAUCAUGGGUCGCAUGCACGCUCCCGGAAAGGGUUUGUCCCAGUCAGCUCUGCCUUACAGGCGCAGUGUCCCCACUUGGCUGAAACUCACAUCUGAUGAUGUAAAAGAGCAGAUUUUCAAGCUGGCCAAAAAGGGUCUUACUCCCUCUCAGAUCGGUGUGAUUCUGAGGGAUUCCCAUGGCGUUGCCCAGGUGCGCUUUGUCACUGGCAACAAGAUCCUGAGGAUCCUCAAGUCCAAGGGUCUCGCCCCUGACCUUCCUGAAGAUCUCUACCACCUCAUCAAGAAGGCUGUGGCGGUCAGGAAGCACUUGGAGAGAAACAGAAAGGACAAGGAUGCCAAGUUCCGUCUGAUUCUGAUUGAAAGCAGGAUUCACAGGCUGGCCCGUUACUACAAGACCAAGAGAGUACUGGCCCCCAACUGGAAGUAUGAGUCCUCUACAGCUUCUGCUCUGGUGGCAUAAAGUGAAACCCUUUUGAAUUAAUAAAAAGAUUUAAAUUCAA